GCAAAAAUAAAAUUGGAAAAUUUAAAACCACAAACUUCGAAAGUUUUGAGUUUUUUUGCUCUGAUGUGCCAAUACUUGAAUUAAUUUUUGUAUAUUGGCCAUCAUUGGUUCAGUUAUAAGCAGCACAGGCCCAAAAUUUGUAGAAUUGGAAGACAUGUUGAAACCUAAAGUCUUGACGGAGCUGCUAGCUCAGGAAACUACGGGAGGAAUUAUGAGUACAAUGUAAGGAUAUUUGUUCUAAACAUUGACACUUUGGAAUGUGAAAGUUUGAUAGUUUAAUAAAAAACGUUGGAUAGUAGGAUUGCUUUUUCUAAAAUGUUCUAUUUCAGUAUACUAUUUUUAUAGAUACAUAACAUUGAUGUAUUUUUGUCGGUUUUCACUUGUUUCCAUCUACCAAACUGACAUUACGUCAUUUGAUCAAUUUCUAAAGUUGUUUCUUUUUGGAUUUUUUAAUUAAUUUGGUUAGGGUUAGAGUUAGGGGUUAGAGUAGCGGUAGGGUUUGGGCUAGUUACAUAGCCAUUUAACACCUCUUCAAUCUUCUGAAAAUGACGUCAUGUCAGUUUGGUGGUUGGAAACAAGUGCUGACCAUUUUUGUCAUGUGAUUUUACCGUCGUUGGCAUCCAAGGAUGGACAGUCGCAGAUAACUACCUUAUCCUGACAACUAUUCUUUUGUUAUGUUUAGUCUUUUAAAAAGCAACGGUUCUCUGCUGGCAUUUGCCGGUUCAGGUGACAAAGAGGCAAGAGUAACUGCAGCUAUUGCAUCGAGUAUCUGGACUGCUUAUCAUUCCAAUAUCAAGCAGAGUUUUCACACAGAAAGCUUGAAUUUUGUACUGAUGGAUUGUGAUGUAUGAUGCUCUACAUUUUAUUCUCCAAAUAACUUAUAGUGGUGUUAAGGAAUAUUGACCAGAAAUUCAUAAAUAUGUUUAAUUUAAUUAGCCUCUAUUGAUUGCAGGAUUGCCAUUUUAGAGACCUAAAAUUCAAACCCCUAGUUGCCCGGGCUUGCCCCCCUCCCCAAAUAGAAUCUUGGCUGUGCCAAUACAAUGAGUUACUCCACAAACUGCAUGUAGACAAACAGCUACUGCAAAAUAGUGUUUAGAAAGUGAAUCCCUGUUUUUCUCAACAUAUUUCAGAGUCCUAACAAAAAUUAUUUCAAUGUCUCUGUAGGAUGGUAAGGUAGCAAUAACAAGUAUUUCAGAUCUGUUGCUAUGCCUUCAUUCUAAGAAAUCUGUUGGUCUUGGACUUUUAAAAACAAAAGUAAGUAUUUGAAUGUUGGAAAGCUGUGGACUACUGCUGCCUAUGUUAUUAUCGUUGUUUGCAUCUAAGGAUGAACGGUAUUUUAAUAACCUGUUUUUGUUUCAGACCUUAGCGUUGGCAAAAUAUUUGGAAGGACCUUUAUCUGAACUUGACCAUGCUGUUGCUUGACAUUUAUUUUCAUUCUUGUUAAUUUAAUUGCAAUGAACAUCAGUUAUAUAAUUAUGAUUUUCUAGAUAGCUCUACUUAAAUAUUGUAUAUUGAAACACAAUUAAAUACAUGUAUUUAUAUUCUUGUA